GAACAAACCCGACCGGACCCAAAUCGAUCUUCAAAACUUUCAACCCGAAAACUGAUAGUGGAUAAGAGUUCAUCUCCAUCAUCUCCAAAGAGAGAAAGAAGAAGAAAUACAGACAAGUUCACUGCCAUGAUUCUCUCUCUUUAUCUCUAAUUCUCUUUCAUUUUAGAAGCUCCAAUUCCUUCAUCAAUGGCCUCCAAGAUUCUUCCUCAGGCCGUAAUUUCUAUUCCAAGAAACCCCAAUCAAUGUCCACCAAGAAGAUUAGGGUUUUGUUCUGCAGUUUCUGGUACUCGUGUUUCGUUUUCUACUCUUUCCUCUAGUUCAAUCGGCUCCCAUUUUCGUCAUACUGUUUCGGCGCCGUUGAAACGGGCGUUUGUUGUGAGAGCUGAGGCGAAUCCCGAAGCGGAGUCGGCAGCUGAAGAAGCUCCUGAAGCUGAAGUAGAAGCAGCAGUGGAGUCUGAUGCUCAGCCUGAGGAGGAGAAGCCGUCGAGAAAGCCUCGUGUUAAGCUCGGAGAUGUAAUGGGGAUACUUAAUAAGCGGGCAAUUGAAGCGUCGGAGAAGGAGAGGCCGAUUCCAGACAUUAGAACUGGUGACAUUGUAGAACUUAAACUGGAAGUUCAAGAAAAUAGGCGUAGGCUUUCUGUUUAUAGAGGAAUUGUCAUAUCAAAACAAAAUGCUGGCAUCCACACUACGAUUAGAAUUCGCCGAAUUAUUGCUGGUGUUGGUGUGGAAAUUGUUUUUCCGCUAUACUCACCAAACAUCAGAGAGAUAAAAGUGGUGAGCCACAGGAAGGUGAGGAGGGCAAGGUUGUAUUAUUUGAGAGACAAACUUCCAAAACUCUCUACUUUCAAGUGAAAACCCCCCCAAUUCCUUUUUUUCAUCGACCGUCAACGGGUUGUAUCUUGCUAUGAUUGAAAAUUUCCUGUUUCUUUUUUAUAGACGCGGGCAUUAUUCUUCUGUAUUUAUAUUAUCCUCCCACAUUAACAUUUGCUAGUCUAAUUAUAUAUCUGAGCAACAGGGUUUUGAUGAA